UCUUCUGCGCAAGAAUGGCUGCUGUCAUAAAUUUAAGUAAAAGUAACGUGAAAUUAAUAAACGUGCAUUUAAAAAAUUCUUUUAGUCGAAGAACCUUCACUUGUCUCUAUACGAAAAGAAAACCGACAAAUCAGUAUUAUCCUGUAGUGUACCAGUUGCAAAAAGUGCAACCAGAUAAAAUCAAAUCAGGUGGAGGCAUUCUAGCUGUCUUAUCAAAUAAAAUACCAUCAAUUAUACCAAAAAGCCAACCUGCUCGAGGAUGUUUUCAUCCAGGGGCAUCAGCAUUGUCACGAGAAGCUGUCCCUUUACAAGGGAGACCACCUGUAACGGGAGUAGAAAUGAUACAAGCGAUGUUGCAGUACAUUUGGCCAAAGGAUGAUAAAUCUGUAAGAGAUCGAGUCAAACUAGCUGUGUCUCUUUUGGUGGGAGCCAAAGUAUUAAGUGUAACCGUGCCAUUUAUAUUUAAAUAUGCUGUCGAUUAUCUUAAUGCAGGAGCAGCAUUAAAUAUGGAUACAGCUCCACAGACAGCAGCCACUAUUGCUACAAGUUUGUUACUCGGAUAUGGUAUAGCAAGAGCCAGUGCUGCGGGUUUUAACGAAUUAAGAAAUGCGGUAUUUGCAAAGGUCGCCCAACAUUCAAUCAGAAAAAUUGCGAAAAAUGUCUUCCUACAUUUACAUAAUUUAGAUUUAGCAUUCCAUUUACAAAGACAAACAGGUGCUCUUUCCAAAACCAUAGACCGAGGUUCUCGAGGAAUUAAUUUUGUAUUAUCGGCGAUGGUAUUUAAUGUGGUUCCGACUAUUUUCGAAUUAGCCUUAGUUUCCUCGAUAUUGGGCAUUAAAUGUGGCGCUGCAUUUGCAGGAAUCUCGUUGGGUUGUGUCGGCAUAUACGCUGUUUACACUUUAACUGUCACACAGUGGAGAACUAAAUUUAGAAUUUACAUGAAUCAGGCUGAAAAUGAAGCAGGCAAUAAAGCCAUCGAUUCUUUGAUAAAUUAUGAAACCGUUAAGUACUUUAAUAAUGAAAAAUUUGAGGCAGAUAGGUAUGACGGCGUGUUAAAAAAAUAUGAGGAUGCCAGUUUGAAAACCAGUUCUAGCUUGGCGUUAUUAAAUUUUGGUCAGAACGCUAUUUUUAGUGCAGCGCUAAGUGGGAUUAUGAUUUUAGCAGCAAAUGAAAUUGUUAAAGGUAAUAUGACGGUGGGCGAUUUAGUAAUGGUAAAUGGUUUACUUUUCCAACUUUCCAUACCGUUAGGGUUUUUAGGCAGUGUUUAUAGAGAAGUGCGACAAGCUUUGAUUGAUAUGCAGACCAUGUUCACGCUUAUGACAAUGGAUAGUGCUGUAAAAAGCAAUUCGAAUGCACCUUAUCUUCAUGUGGAUGCAAAAAGCUCGACCAUUAAAUUUGAAAAUGUCUCAUUUGAAUAUGGACCAGGCAAGGAGAUUCUCAGAAACCUAAACCUAACGAUCAAACCUGGUAAGAAAACCGCAAUUGUUGGCGGAUCGGGAUCUGGCAAAUCCACAUUAGUCCGACUGCUGUACAGGUUCUACGAACCCACUCGAGGUAGAAUCUAUAUAGGUGACCAAGAUAUCCGCGAGGUCGAUAUUGAGAGCCUGCGUAAGUCGAUUUCGAUUGUACCUCAAGAUAGCGUACUAUUCCACGACACUAUCAAAUAUAACUUACACUACGGAGAUCUUAGAGCAAGCGAGGAGGAUAUCAUCCAAGCUGCUAAGAUGGCUGAAAUUCACGAUUCGAUUGUAACUUGGCCUAACGGUUACGAAACCCAAGUAGGCGAAAGGGGAUUAAAGCUGAGCGGAGGCGAAAAGCAAAGGGUGGCGAUUGCCAGAGCCAUUUUGAAAAAUUCACCCAUUUUGAUUUUUGAUGAAGCGACUAGCUCACUGGAUUCUAUCACGGAAUAUAACAUUCUAAAGGCGCUGAGAAAUGCUACCCAUGGCCGCACUAGCAUAUGCAUCGCGCAUCGCCUCAGCACUAUAAUGGACGCCGAUGAAAUUUUUGUACUUGAAAAUGGUAAGGUUAGCGAACAAGGCUCCCAUUUUACGCUAUUGCAAAAUCCGAAUAGUCUGUACUGGAAGCUGUGGAACACACAAAACCAUUCUCAGGAAAGGAUGCAGAGCAGAUCUCUGUGAUAAAACGUACCGUGUAAGAAUAAAUGUAAAUAUUUUAUUUUCUCCUACUAAAUUAAUUUAUUUUGUAAUUUGUACAUUUUAAAAUGUAUAGAUUCUUU